CACAGACGGCCUUGGGUCUGGAGGAGCGGAAGUGUGCACUCUGAAGCGCCGCAUUCCUAUAAGAACGACUCGCCCACGCGCGAGGAGACGCGAUUCCUCUCGCAGCUUGUUAGCGUGCCGCCGAAGCCAGGAUGCCGAAGCCGUGUCUGGUCUUGACACUAGUCGCCCUGUCCGCCAUGGCCCACUGCAUGACCAUUGGGAACGGAUACCGCGCUGACUUCGACAUGCAGCUCGUCAACGAUUCCUGCGUCUUCGAAAACCUGACAAUAGCCACGGGGACAAGUAUACGCCAGGAAUUGCCCUGUCGACGGCUAACGUGCGUCGGCCAGCACAAGACGGUCUUCAUUCAAGAGUGCACCACUUACCACUGCCCGACCUCCAAGUGCCGACUGGAAAGGCGGGAGGGCCCUUACCCGGACUGUUGCCCGAUGCCCGUGUACGUCGACUUCUGAGCCCUCGCCUUCUUUCGAACACGCGGGAUCGCCUCGGUACUGUCCUGACAAUUCAAUAAACAAUUACCCGUUUCUCCGGCAGCCUGACCGUCAAGAAGCGCUGGCAAACAGUAUAUCAUAGACGCAUCUAUAUGCUGUCGGUGGCCUCCGCCUUAUAAAAAAAUCCUAUAGGGGUUCGAUUCAUUUGCGUAUCCAUGUUUAUCGAUACGUUGGAAAUGCUGCGGAAGCUGUGUGCUUGCUGGGUCAAUCAAGCGUCUGUCUGAAGCUAAUAUUUUUAGGAAAAAAGACAUACUUUUUUAUUUUAGAAUUUCCGCGUGUUAUUGGUUUAAAUAUUGGACUCUAUUAUACGUUUCUUUUUUUAUUUUGUAUACAGAGUUUUGGAAACUAAUUUAAAGCAAUUUUAUACUGUCCAUGGAAUUGGAGAUUCUCUACCAGGAUACUUUUUUAUAUUCUGGCAGGUUUCAAGUGUAGCUUGGCAGAUUAACUAUUGUCAGGCAAUUGUUCUGAAUUUAGUUGUGCACCUGAAGAACAUAAUUACAGUAAUUUCAAAAUUUCAAUAUACUCUGAAUUAUCCAGCAGAUUAGUUUGCAAGAUCUUCUUCCGCGGAGGAACAAGUACAAAACUGUAUGCUUUUCGAGUAAAAUAAAAAUUUUCUUAAUGUUUU